UAAGCUAUAUGAAAUACAUUUUAAAACAUAGGUCUUGAAAAGUCACACCAAAUCUGUCAUAAGUGUUACAACAUGAUGCCAUUUCUGCUUUUUUUCUCACAGAGCUUUUGGUCUUGAAGAGCAUCCCUUGUUAAAUAAAGAUGUCGCUGCCAUUCUUUGGCUGGGAGGUGACCUACGAUGAUGAAUCUCCUCGUUUGGAGCUGGGGGCUUCUCAGCAGCCCAAAGACAAAGGCGUCUACAAAAUGUACCAUGGCACCAGCGUCGCCAACGCACGGCUCAUCAUUACCAAUGGCUUUAAGCAGUCAUCAGCUGGCAUGUUGGGCAAGGGCGUGUAUGUCAGUCGAGAUCAGAAAAAGGCGGAACGUUAUCCUUUAAAUAACAACCAUUCAGACAGAGUGGCCCUUGAGUUACGUGUGCGUUUGGGUCGUGUCAAGCGCAUUGACACAGAUAACCAUCCCAUGCAGUACACCUGGAGCACGCAGGGCUACGAUACCGCUUGGGUGCCUCCGAACUGUGGCAUGAAAGCAGUGCCCAGUGGCCUAGAGGAGGACUGUGUGUCCGACCCCCAAAGAGUGAAGGUGGUAGGCAUCGCAAAGGCUCCAAACACCGUGCUGGCAGAGCUUCAGAAGCUAGUGGCUGAUAGUCUAACAAAUCCCAGCGCAGGAGAUGAUGGUGCUCCGGAUGCGUGUUCACUUUGUAAGAGAAAGACCCAGCAGGGCUCUCCACACAUCAAGCAACCGUGUUGGGGCUGUGGGAAAAACAUCUGCACGCUCAUGAGCAAGCAUGUCUGUUCAGCUAGCUACUGAGAGGGUGAAACAAGUAGACCCACGUCCAAAAUGGCCUUGUAAUGUGGUGGAGAGAAAACCAUAUUUAGAAAAACUAAAAGUGUAAAAUCCAAAGCUCAGGGUGUGACCAUGCUUUUCAAACAUGAGUCAACGUUUCUAAUUUCCUUCCCCCAUGUUCAAACCUUUUUCACUUCCUCAAAUGAACAUCUGUAACUUGCUACAGUAGCUACGGCUGCACAUGUCUCUAGGGAUCUCUGCAUGUUAUCUUCAAAGACUUAAAGUACUGUUUGUGUUCAUACUGAAGUUCACUUUUAUGAUCUAUUUUGAAAUGUGUUCUUGACAAAUCGGUAAGCAUAACAAUUAUAUACAAUCAAGAGGAGACAAUCGUUUAGUUCAAGCAAGAAGCCUUUAUUUCAAUCUGAACAUGGACAUCAGUUCAUUUUGAAGUAAUAUGCGAUAAAGAUCAUGAUUUUUGCUGAAUGUAUUUGAUAUCCUGAACACUGUAUAGUGUUAAA